CAACUGCGGUUGCUUUGGAUACGCAGCGUAAACUGGGUGUAGUCGAUAUAAUUUAGUUUAAGUUUAUCUUAACUGAAAAAGCGGAACAUCUGAAUGCAUUUGUGUAUAUUGUUACAAUGUGAAAAGAUAAACAAAUCGCAUUAUUUGCUUUCUCUUUUCUGAAAUAAUUAUACAAGUUCUUGAGUUAAUAGAGAGAGUUGAAUUGUUUGAACCACGUGGCAUGAAAAAUUUUCUCAAGGUCCUAAUGAGAAUGUGCAGACGAUUGAAACGUGUGAAAGAGGACCACUGAGUCAAGACAUUUGCACGUGCAACUAUGACUGGUGGCGUGUCCCUAAACUGAACAUCAGAUACACUCCGAUACGAGCCAUGUUAGGCGAAUCCGUGCUAUACGAAACAAAAUGACUAAUGCAAAACUUGUAAGAAGAAAACGUAACUUUAACAUUCAAACAGUAGAUUAUCAAACGUUGAAGUGAGAAAUGGCCAUCAUUAACUACGUGCGGGAAUUACGUAUUGAAUUUUUCUUGUUUUUAAUCAUAUUUGUUAUCUCGUUGAAAAGUGUAUCUCAACAGAGUUUAAUAUUAGAACGAGUGUGCAGAUUCCAUUUUGGUUAUUCGGAAAAAAUAUGCAAUAAUCUUACAGAAUAUGAUUCCAUUCAAGCAUCUGUACAGAAAAUUUCUACUCGUUACAAUCUAGGAAGCGCGUUAGUGACGACUCUACCAGCUAUUAUUAGUACGACGCUAUUAAGUCCCUGGAGUGAUAAGUAUGGAAGAAAAUUCCCUAUAUUAAUUUCUACGUUUGGUUUAAUUUUGGAAGGUAUAGGAUUAACAAUAGUAAGCAUCAUUCGAUCGGCGCCUGCUUACUUUAUAAUUAUAGCCGGUAUUCCGUCGGGAAUUUUUGGAGGAUACUUAAUGGCAAUUUCGUCUUGUUAUACUUACGUUGCGGAUAUUACAAGAGAAAAAACUCGAACGGUAAAAUUUACAAUUUUGCAAUGUUUCUUCGUUCUGGCAGAUCCCAUUGGAAUGGAAUUAGGAGGGAUAAUUUAUAAGUACGAAGGCGUUACGGCCGUUUAUGGAAUAGCUUUAUCUGCAUUAGUAAUGGGAUUUUUCUGGGUACUUUUCUUCGUUGGUGAAACAAGAGGUGAAGAGAGUAAAACAAACUUUAAAAUAAAGAUUCGUUACUUGUUUCGAUUGGAUAAUUUAAAAGAAAAUAUUCGAACUUGCAUUGCUUCUCGUCCUGGAAAUGUCAGAAUGCAAAUAUGGUUGCUGAUGCUUGCUAACAGUGUUGCUCUGUUCUGCACAACAGGUGCUACAGCUAUAGAAUUUUUCUUUGCUAACAGAAUGUAUAAAUGGGAUAACACAACAUUUUCUACAAUAACUGGAGCUCUUAAAGUAGCUCACGGAAUAUGUAUUCUUGUAGCUGUUCCAGUUUGUUGUCGAUUGUUUAAAAUGUCCGAAGAUAUGAUUGGCCUUUUGGGAAUUAUUUCUGACUUCCUAGAAUUUGGUAUUAAGUGUGCAGCUUAUCGUGAAUGGCCGUAUUAUAUAGGUUGCGUUGUCGGAUUACUUGGUGGAACAAGCACCGUUGCAGUCAAUUCUCAUCUUUGUAGACUAGUAAAUGAAGAUGAAUUAAGUAAGAUAUUUGCUGUGUUAGCAUUUUGUGGAGCGUUGAUGCCAGUAUUUUCAAAUAUUGUUUUUAACGUAGUUUAUGCACAAACUUUGCACAUUUUUCUCGGGACAUCCUAUCUAAUGAUGACAGUUCUUUUAAUGAUUCCCGCGAUAAUUUUUAUCUGGUUAAACAGACAGACUCCCUAUUCUUCCUAUAAUACUAGUGAUAAUGAUACAAAUCAAACAAAAGAACGAGAAUGUAAGAAACCGAUGCUCGAAUAUCUGUUGUGUUUGCACCAGAAUGACGGUGACAAUUCAAUGUGUCGUUUAAUAGCUAAGGAAUAUCUUCAAUGUAGAAUGGACAAGGAUCUAAUGAAAAAAGAAGAAUGGUCUAAAUUAGGAUUUAGUGAUAAAAAUGUUACCAGUGACAAGAAGUAA